CACCGUAGUUUCAGUAUAAAACUCUUCGUGAUCACAGUGAUACACAAUAGCUGUAUCAACAUUUGUUAGACAGAACAAUUUUUUAUUUUAAAAUAAUAUAUUAAUACAAAUAUAUGUGUGUAGAUAUUCAAAUACACUGGUACACAGACAGUGAAAUUAUUUUCGAGAAUAAAUAAAUAAACAAAUAAUAUAGUUUUCGAUAAACUAUUAAUGCUCUAAUAUUUAUUUUAUUCAUAUUGGAAGCACUGUGUCAUAAUUAUUGACUUCAGAAACAGAGGAAGAUUAUUUUUAAAAAAAUAAUUACUAGGACAUUGAAAGUUUACGUGAUAUAUAACAUCGUUAAAUACUCCUUUUAAUUCCAUUAUUUCAAGUGACGUUGAGUUGUUAGAACAUUUAAUUUGUACUCAUGAAGAUGAAGACUUCACCAGCGUAUCUAGAAAGCCUUGUGAAACAGGAGAUAAAAGAGAUCUGUAAAGAUCUCGUUCUCUCCAAUGCGCAGUUGAAAAUGGUUAUGAAGAAUCUGACACAUGAAAUCAACAGGGGAUUAGGAAAAGAAACACAUGACGAUGCUAUUGUUAAGUGUUUUACAACUUACGUACAAGAUUUGCCUAAUGGAACUGAGAAAGGAAAUUUCCUUGCACUUGACCUUGGAGGCACAAAUUUUCGAGUACUCUUAAUUACCCUUGAUGGAGAAAAUUUCGACAUGAAAAGCAAAAUUUAUGCUAUACCACAGAGUCUUAUGUUAGGCUCGGGUACUCAACUAUUCGAUCAUAUAGCUCAGUGUCUUGCAUUGUUCGUAAAAGAAUUAAAAUUAGAGAAAGAAGUAUUGCCACUUGGAUUCACUUUUAGUUUUCCCCUUACUCAAUAUGGUUUAACCAAAGGUAUGCUGGUACGAUGGACAAAAGGAUUCAAUUGCAGUGGAGUUGUUAAUGAGGAUGUUGUUGCUUUAUUAGAAGCAGCUAUUGCAAAACGAAAUGAUGUAAGAAUUGAUGUCUGUGCAAUUUUGAAUGAUACAACAGGAACUCUUAUGUCAUGUGCUUGGAAAAAUCAUGGAUGUAAAAUUGGUCUAAUUGUUGGGACAGGUAGUAAUGCUUGUUAUGUUGAAAAAACAAAAAACGUUGAAUGUGCUGUCCCAGGCAACUUUUCUCCUGCGAAACCUCACAUGUUAAUCAACACUGAAUGGGGAGCGUUUGGAGAAAAUGGAACUUUAGAUUUCAUCAUUACUGAAUUCGAUAAAGCUAUUGAUGAAAAUUCGAUUAAUCCAGGAACACAAAUUUUUGAAAAAAUGAUAUCCGGGAUGUACAUGGGAGAAUUAGCAAGACUAGUUUUAGAAAAACUUGUCGAUGCUGGUCUUCUAUUUAACGGCAGAUGUUCAACAGAUUUAAGGAAAAAGGGAAAGUUUUUUACUAAAUAUGUUUCAGAAAUAGAAGCUGACCCUAAAGGUAAAUACACAAAUUGUCGAGAAAUUUUAUCAGAGUUGGGAAUUUCUAAUGCCGCUGAUCAAGACUGUGAAAAUGUAAGAUAUGUCUGUUCUGUCGUAUCUCGCAGAGCAGCUCAUCUUGCGAGUGCAGGCAUCGCUUGUUUACUGAACAAAAUUGGGGAAGAUAAUGUCACCGUAGGAAUAGAUGGUUCUGUCUACAGAUUUCAUCCUCAUUUCCAUGAUUUAAUGACAGAAAAAAUAAGCCAACUACAGUCGUAUAAAUUUGAUUUAAUGCUGUCAGAGGAUGGAAGUGGCCGAGGUGCAGCGUUAGUUGCAGCAGUAGCAGCUCAAAAACGGUGAAAUCAACAUCUAUUUUAUUAAGAAAUGAAUAUAGAAUUAUUUAAAAUGAGAAUUAAUGAACUUAAUUGAUAAAAAAAGAUAAACAAAUUCAUCUGAUUGGCACAUUAACUUGUACAUAGAGCACAAAAAAACAGAUAUAGCCUAUAGUCGUUUUUUGACAUGAUGUAGGCUCUUGUUUGAUACGUUUAAUCCUAUACUUAAAGUUGUUGGUAAUUUGAUAAAGAAGUAAAUAAGAUGAUAAGUACACGUAUGGGACUACUACCAAAUAUAAACAAAUUCGUAUUAUUUGCAGCUCAUUUCGGCUCGUGUACAUUAUUGGGCUGUAUAUUUAAGUCUAUAGGAAAAAUUAAUAUUACGCGGUACUUAUUUUCUUUUGUAUUCACAAAAGAAUAGUAAAAAAUAAUUAACGCAUCGUUUAAUUAAUAAUGAGACUUGUAAUAUGAAUGCAAAAUAUAAGAUAUGAGUGAGAGAUUGUGGAGAGUGCGAUUGAACGUAAGAAUGAAUGUAAAUUGAGAAAAAAAAAUGAUUUAAAGAAAAAAAAUCUUUUGAACAGAAAAAAUUACUUCUUAUGAAUAUUUUUAAUAAAAAUAAUUUAUUGUUGAGCGAUAAA